GCGAGACACCGUCAUUCGUCGGUCAAAGAGGGGGAAGAGAAAUGUGCGAGACAACAAAGGAAAGUGUGAUUAGUGAUCGCGAUUCAAGGCGGUCGAGAACGAUGAGAAGGAUCAGCUUGGAUGUGAUGCCUGGAAAGCGGGGAGCUGGCGGAUAUAAAGGCUUGGAAAGCGGGGAGCUGGCGAAUAUAAAGGCUGGGAUGGAAGACGCGGAAUCGAAUGAGCGACUCCUUCAUCUCUGCAGCUUCGAGAAGAUCUUGACGUUUCAUCAUAUAUCGAAUAAGUAUGUCGGCCGAGGACUCCAAGGGCUCACUGCAAGCCAGGCCUCCUCGAGGAGCUCCGUGCUGGAUUGAGAUCAUGUCUGUGGAUCCCCCCAAGCUCAAGGAAUUCUAUGCAGCCCUCUUCCCCGCAUGGAAAUUCAAACCUGUGAGCAAGGACUAUCCAGAAGAGCGAGUGGUGAUGUACGAGUUCGAGGAACCAAAGGGCAUUUCCGGCGGUAUUCUCAAGCUGCCUGAGGGUCGUACACGCACCGAGCAACCCAUGGGCGUGGGGAUGACGGUGUACUAUUUUGUCGACUCUCUGGACGAGACUGAGAAGAAAGUCCACGAGCUAGGAGGGAGCACUGUGCUGGAGAAGAUGGCCGAAAGGCAGAAUGGUUGGUUCAUGAACUUCAAGGACCCAGAGGGGAACCGGUUCGGCGCCUUUGAGGUCAAUUGGGAGAACUGUGGGAAGGGAGCAUAGUCACUUCUUCUGGGAAGUGAAAGCGGUGUUGUUGCGGCGAGUGAUGUCCACUGUGGUACAUUGCAGGUUGAAGGACGAGGCUGGGAGAGGGGGGAAGGGGUAGCCGUGCAAAAUUGAAGCGUCCCAAGUG